AUGGUGUCCUCUGAUGAUGUCCGUCGCAUGACGGACGAAAGCUCAGCAGGGAUUCAUCGGGGUCGCAGGGCGGUGCGCCGAAGACUUAUUCGCACAAAUCUACAACCAGAGCUUCAAGGUAACCCCUCCAUAGCCUCCGGUGGAGCCAACUUACGAAUCCUUUUCACUCGCUUCUUCAAACGAAAUGACAGAUCAAGGCAAAUGUGCGCCAAGCUGCUUAAUGACAAAUUACUUGGUGAGAUGUCUUUUAUUCAACACACUGCUGACUCAGAAAUGGGCAACUGCUCUGCAAAACCUUCGCUUCUUCGCAAGAAUAUCAUUAAAAACCGGCGAGGCCAUUCUGCUGAUAGCUUAUCCAGGUUGGUCUCUGGCAUUCCAGAGGCUGAAGGAUCGGCAAGUUCUACCUUAUUAUCCGCCACAACUCCUGCUCUUACGACUGGCCGGACCACUGUCCACAUUGAUCAGCUUCUUGAUAGGCCCAACAAGGGUACGAGCUCUUUAGAAAUGCGGGGCUCACAGAAUGAAGAUAACCUUUGGCUUCGGGAAGCAGAGGCCGAGGCGCUUGCGUAUCGGGAAGAGAAUUCUUGUCUUCGCAAUCGGAUUAACGGUCUCAUCCAGCUACUCAAUCAGUCUGAAUGUCAGGUCAGCUCUGUUGUAUAUGCGCACUUAUAUGUCUUUUCCCAAACCAAUGCUUAUUAA